CUAACGUACUGCUGCAGCUGUCCAUAGUUGGUGGGAGCCGCGCGCACACACACGGAGGCUCCGCGGAGAGAUGCAGCUAUAGUCACGCGACGCCGUCCGUCCUUCGUCGCUACCCGGCCGCCGCUCGUCGUUCGUUUCGCACUGUGGUUUGGUGAAAGCCUGUGGACGUGAGGCAUCAUGGCUGAGCAUCAGAGGCAGCGCUCUCUGUCGACCGCCGGUGAGUCUCUCUACCACGUGCUGGGAGUGGAAAAGAUCGCCACGAAUGAUGACAUCAAGCGGUCCUACAGGAAACUGGCUUUAAAGUUUCACCCUGACAAGAAUCCUGACAAUCCAGAAGCUGCAGACAAGUUCAAGGAGAUAAACAAUGCCCACGCCAUCCUGAAUGACCCCACGAAGCGCAAUAUUUACGACAAAUAUGGCUCGCUGGGACUGUACGUGGCUGAGCAGUUUGGAGAGGAGAAUGUCAACACUUACUUUGUCCUCUCAAGCUGGUGGGCAAAGGCGCUGUUUGUGUUCUGCGGUCUGGCCACUGGCUGCUACUUCUGCUGCUGCCUGUGCUGCUGCUGCAACUGCUGCUGCGGAAGAUGUAAACCUCGGCCUCGGGAAGGCCAGGAGCAGGACUUUUAUGUGUCCCCAGAGGACCUGGAGGCUCAGCUGCAAUCUGACGAGAGAGAGGCGGGAGGCGACCCAAUCAUGCUGCAGCCCACAGCGACAGAGACCACCCAGCUGACAUCGGACGGCCACUACUCCUACCACACCGACACCGGCUUCAACUAAACGGCUGCGUCCGUCCGUCCUCGCCUCGGUCCCGCCUGCUCCCCCUGCGCCACCCAAGUGACAAGAAAGAAUCCAUCUUUCACAAGGAAGGCCCAUGCAGAGGAGAGGGACUCGUUAGCAUGGUCCAUGAAAGGAACUACUCAUCCCUUCCAUCCUCACCCCUGCCCCCUUCUCACUAUUUAUUUCCCAGAUUAUGACAAGAAAUUAUUCUAUUUUCAUUUCUUUUCAAUUUCAUUCCCACGCCCCUCUUAUCCCACAUUGUGCGUUAUUGUGUAGCAUGCACCAUAUUUCCUCUUUGGCAACAUUUUUACUCUUACGUGCAAUUAGUCCACAUCAGUACGGUGUGCAGUGUGAGAGCAUUGAGGCUCUCAGCAGCAUCUUGGUUUCGCACCAGUUGUCAAGCAGUGGGAAAAUGUGUUUGUCACACUCAUUUAUUUGAACAUUGCUUCACAGUGGAUGUUGUGUGGUGCUCAUCUACACCUGAGAGGAAUGUUGUCAUAUCAGCAGACAUGUCUUUUUUUUUUUUUUUUUUUAACCUAAAGAUUACCAGAGAAGGUAAUGUGUUUUGAAGAACAUGACACUCGUCAUAUUGUGCAGAAGUUCAGAUGACAGCAAAAAAAAUUUUUUUUUGUUUUUUGAAAGGAACAUAAUUGUCAUCUUCUUUUGAAGUCCAUGUGUUUGGAAGUGUGUCAUCUGUGAUCACUGUUGACUCGUUUGAAUCUGCACAGCUUGUACGGAACACGGUCAGCGAUCCGGCAUCUCCGACAGAAUCAGAUUUUUGCACACUGCAUCUUUUGGAUUUGCAUGUAUUGCCACACAUUUGCAAAUCCCCCACAGUGUGUUCGAUUUGCCACUCAGCUCAUCACGUGUAUCGACGGUUUACAAGCGGUGAGCUGCGUGUGACUGACUGUCCACCCUCUGCUAUUAACAGUAUGGAUGUUUCGUAUGAUGUUUUCCUGUAAGUAACACUUGAUGAAAAUUAGAUGUACCUGUCCCAUAGUACAUGUUCUAAAGUGAAUGCACUAAAAGAAAACAAGAAAAUGCAAGAAAACUAAACGAAUGGAAUGAAUCAGUGAUCGGGAGAUGACUGCACCAAAAGAACAUUGAGUGCAAUUAUAGUGAAUUGAUUUUACGAUGCAUCCAUGGAGGUUUAUUUAUGUCAUACUUUGUGGUGGGGAAAUCAUUUUAACUGGUGCAGUGUUGUAUUGUAACCAUUCAAUUGUGCGAGGAGACGUAAUAGUUCAGGAUGGUUGUACAUACAGGCGGCCUAUAUCAAGUACAAGAAAUCUUUAUGUUGUAGCAUGGUUAUUGUGUGUCUGGAAGAAAACUUGGGUCAUUGAUCUAAAUUUGCUGUUGGUGAAUAAAUGUUCCUAAACAUU